AUGGCCCCCACUGAGUCGGCGAUUUUGCAGAAUUACCUAUUGGUGCCGGCGCGUCUGCCCGUGAUCGUGUCUCUACAAGAGUUCACGUCGUACUUCCCCAAGUCGCAGCAGUCAUCCCCGCAGGUCCGCACGCUCUACCGCGACCUGCAGCAGCAGCGCAAUGCCGUAGUCGACUCUGUCGCGAGCAACAUCAACGAUGAAGUCCGGCGGGGCAAGGCGCUGCGUCGAGCGGUCGCCAAAGCGCGUCGAGAAGCUGAGACCGACGAAGGGAUUGACGACGAGAUAGAGAUCGAGAGAAACCUCUUCGGGCCCACCUCGAACACUGUCAAAUCCAAGAAGCACACCCUCUAUAGUAUUCUGCCCGAAAUGGAAACCGCAAACAACGACCUCGAACAAGAGAUACGGCGGCUUGAAGAAGAGGAGGCCGCCCUUCUGGAAUCCGUCCAGCAAACCGUCGGCAACAUGAGCGACCUUCGUUACGGCCGGCUUGCCAACCCCAAGCUCGCCAACGAGGUCGUCGAUGGCCUCAAGGACGUCGAGGCAAUAUGCAAGCGCAAGACCUGA